CACUUCUUCUUUUCCUUUUUCUCUAUUCUGCAACCACAGAUUUCUCCACGUUUGGUCAGGAAAGUUCAUUCGUGAUGAGGAAUGCCACUCCGCUCGUUUUCCUUCCCGUGCGCCACGCGCUUUGUACAAACUUCACGAUCCUUUCAUUCGACUGCUGUGAGGAGGAGCGGUAGUCAGCAAAAUCACUAUGAGACUUUACAGGUGUCGCCAGGAGCUACACCAGCUGAGGUAAAGAAAUCUUUUUACGCCCUCUCCAAAACCCACCACCCAGAUCGGAACCCCAAUGAUCCUGAAGCCUCCUCUCGCUUUGUCGCCAUCUCUGACGCCUACGCCACCCUCGGCACGCCAGCAAAGAGACAAGAAUACGAUCGCUCACUCAAUCUGCACUCACCCGACAGCAAUUCACACCACCGACCCCAUGGCUCUUACCACUCCUCAGGCCCAGCAGGUGGGCGCCCCGCCAGCGGCCUAAGCAGACGCCGUACGCAAUUCCAGGGCCCGCCACCAAGUUUCUACCGCUCAGGAGGAUGGGGGGCACAGAGCGCAAAGCGCAAGGCAGCACAGGAUUCGCAUGCCGAGUCGCCGGCCGGGGCAGCGGGCAUGGGACAUGGCCAGAAGCCUUGGGGGCAUGAUGAGACGCAUGACGUGCCGCAUUUUGAUCGCGACGGCCAUUAUCGCACGCAGGAGAACCAUAGUCGGAGGUGGCAGAGGAGGAGGGGGAUGGAGGAUGGGCAGGUUCCGGCGGGGGAGAUGCCGAGGAGCAUGUUGGCAAACUUCUUUUUCGUGGGGGGAAUCAUCAGUCUGGGGGUGUUGGUGCCCAGUCUGCUGUUUGAGAAUAUGAGAAAGAAAGAGAAAUGA